GCAACUGCCCUCGCCGCAUGGCAUGAUGGCAAAUCCGCCACCCUCGUCUGUUCGGUUCGUCUCCGACUCCGAAAAAAAAGGAGGGAAACACAAGAGACGCCUCCGCCAGUCCGUCGUCACAUCCUCCCUCCAUCUGCCCGGAGCAGCCCAUCCCCUCUGGUGAAGCUAUCUGUGACUGCUUAUGAUAAGCUAUGAGUGCGCCACCACCUGCCAGCGCCAGAAUGGAUGGGAAUUGUGAGAAAAUCCAAUUCUCAUGGGGGAAGUGUAUAGCUAAAGGUGUUAAAACAGGUUCACGAAUCUAUGGGUCCUUCACAUUUGACAAUGUGAAGUAUUCGUUGUAUGACUGUGUCUACCUGUUUAAGCAUGGUGAUCCUGAACCAUACAUUGGGAAGAUUAUUAAGAUUUGGGAGCAAAAUAAGGCUAAGAAAGUAAAAAUUCUUUGGUUUUUCCUCCCUGAGGAGAUUCAGAAAUAUUUAAGAGGUCCUGUGAUGGAAAAGGAGGUUUUUCUUGCUUCUGGUGAUGGUAGUGGGCUUGCGGAUAUCAAUCCGCUGGAAGCUAUUGCUGGAAAAUGCACUGUUAUAUGCAUUUCAAAAGACGAGAGGAAUCGCCAGCCUUCGCCUCAGGAACAAACAAUGGCUGAUUAUAUCUUCUAUAGGUGCUUUGAUGUUAAAAACUGCACACUUUCUGAUGAGUUGCCUGAUAAAAUCACAGGGCUGGAAGUUAAUGUUCUGCUGAAUCCAAAAGACGAGCAAGGCAUGUCCAGUGCCAGUGCAGCAAAUGUUCUGCUGAAUCCAAAUGUGGAUGAGGUUUUAGCUGCCACAUUCACUGCUCCCUGUUCAGUCACUAAAGAGGAUGAUGAAAGUCUGGCUACUGCAAUUCCCCUUCCUCAGGCAUCAGUUAAGGAGGUGGAUGAAAAUCUGCCUGCUGCUAUUCUCCUUUCACAGUCUGUGGUCAAGAAAGAGGAUAAGAAAUCAAUAGCUGCCAUUCCCCUUUCUCAUUCAGCAGUCAAGGAUGAAAACCAAGUUGUUUUGGCUCCCCAUCCACAGUUAUCAGUUACGGUCAACAUUCUGAAACAAAAAGAGUCACAGAAAGCUCAUGCUGGCGAGAGGCCACGAAAAAAGUUGAAAUUAUCCCAAGAAGCUACAGGGCAGGACAUAGUCCCAUCUAUUACUGACAAAAGACCUGCGCAAGCUGACAGAAGCACUUGGUUUAAAUUUCGAUGGGAUGACAAAUUUCUACAGAGGGCUGAUAAGCAGGGGACACUUGUAUAUAUUCAAAAUCUUGAUACUCAGUUUGGAGGUGCUGACUUAGAGGAGCUGGUUCGUGAAGCACUACAGCUAAGUUGCAUUGCCAAGCCCAUUAACCACCCCACCUGUGAUGAUCCAAACAACGGAAAAGCAUAUGCUAUAUUCAGGACUAAAAAUGAUGCUGAUGUGGCUAUUUCAAAAAUCAAUUCAGGCUUGGUUGUUGGUGGAAGACCACUCUACUGCAGCAAAGGUUUACUCAAGGUUCCAAAAUCUUCAGGAACUCUUGUUGGGCACUUGACCUUACGCAAUAUUAAAAUUGGUAAAAGACAGCGAGAAGAGCAGAGGAAGUCUGUAUUGACGUCACAUUGCUCUCAGCCCAACACGAUAGAGUAUGAGAUGGCCUUGGAGUGGAUGAUUCUAAAAGAAGAACACAGGAGAAAAAUCAGGAAACUUCACGAGAUGCAUAGAGAUCACAGGAAAGGGUUUGCAAGUAUGGGCAGCAAGAGUGCAAGGAUAGAGAAGUAGCAGGCUGGUUCUUGUGCCAUAUCAGAUGGAGGCCUUCGUAAUUACCACUUGAUGAUGGACAAGUUUCAUAUGUGGAAGACGGUUGUGCACAGGUUUUUUUUUCUUUUGUUUGCAGCUGAACUCAUUUCGUGUACUAAGUGCACCAUACGUUGACUGCUGAUGUUAAUUCUCCUUAGGAAUGGAAAGGAGCAAAAAUCGCAGGACAGCCUUAGAAAUUAGAAUAGCCUAGGCAGGAUCCGUUGCAGCAAGUUUGAUGACGUGCGUACCAAUGGGUUCCUUUUUUUUAAUGACGUGCGUACGAGCAACACCAAGAGGUCUGUUUGAUUAUAGGGUUUGUUUGGUUGGUGACCAAAAGCUGCCAUGCUAAGGCCUUGUUUAGUUUGCAAAAAUUUUCAAGAUUCUCUGUCACAUCGAA